AUGGCGUCCGCACGUCUAGAGUACAUCGCCGCAGGAGGCAACAGACAUCCAUGCGCCGCCGACUGGACCGAGGAAUUACUUGCCUACGGAAGUGGCCACAACAUCGCCAUCUGGAGAUCCGAGAAUGAACACCACCAAGGCGUAGAAACACUACUUGCAGCCCACACCGACAUCGUCAACGCAGUAAAGUUAUUCAGAGACCCAACAUCAGGAAAACGGAUCUUGAUCAGUGGAUCAGCUGAUAAGACCAUAUGUGUUUGGAUUGAGAAAUCUAAUGCUGAAUUUGAAUUGCUUAAGACUCUGACGGAACAUACUGCUUCUAUCAAUGUUGUUGGUGUUUUGCCUGAGUCUGGAGUCUUCGCAACUGGAGCUGCUGAUGCAACAUUGAAGAUCUGGAAGUUGCGUGCGAGUGAAGCAGCAGAGGUCGAAGUUGAUCUCGUUCAGAGUAUCACGCUUGCUCCUCGCUACUUCCCUCUAGCGAUCGCACUGGCAAAGCUUCAAAGCGGUCAACUCAUUAUUGCCGUUGGUGGCACAAUGGCGAACAUCCAGGUCUACAUGCAAGACAAAGACACUUUCUCGCUUGCGGCAAAGCUCACCGGACACGAAGCCUGGGUCCGAGCACUAGACUUUACUCGCGAGAGCUCCAAGCCUGACAGCGAUUUCUUGCUCGCAUCCGCUAGUCAAGACAAGUACAUCCGUCUCUGGCGCUUCCAUGCUGGCGAAGAGCUUCCCGAAGUGGCAGCUGCAGCAAGUGAUCCAGCCAUGACUGUUUUCGGCCGCUCGCUGUCCAACAAAGCCCACUGGAUUGGAGAGGGAGAAUCGAAACACUCAAUCACCUUUGAAGCCUUGUUGAUUGGACAUGAAGACUGGAUCUACACAGCUCGCUGGUUCACAAAAUCUGCACAAGAUGCAGCGCCACAACUUCUUACCGCAUCAGCAGAUAACUCCUUGGCUAUGUGGGAGCGUGACGCCGAUGGCUUCUGGACAUGUGCAACCAGAUUGGGCGAAAUCAGUGCGCAAAAAGGAUCAACCACUGCAACAGGAAGCACAGGAGGUUUCUGGAUUGGUCUGUGGUCUCCUUCCGGCAACACAGUAGUCAGUCUAGGCAGGACAGGAAGUUGGCGAGCCUGGUCCUACAACACUGCGGAAGACCGUUGGUUGCGCGAGCUGGGUAUUUCCGGGCAUGUGCGUGCGGUCAAGGAUGUCGCAUGGUCGAAUGAUGGCACGCAACUCAUGUCUACCAGCUCAGACCAGACGACAAGACUCUUUGCGCAAUGGAAGCGCGACAACACAACCACAUGGCACGAAAUGGCGCGUCCUCAAAUCCACGGUUACGACUUGAACUGUCUGUCUGCAAUCGGCGCAACCCAAUUUAUCUCCGGAGCAGACGAAAAACUGCUCCGUGUAUUCAACAAGCCCAAAGCAGUUUCCCAACUCCUCUCCAAACUCAGCGGUACAACCGAAGACGCAGAAGACAUCGAUCUUCCCGAUGCAGCAAACAUCCCCGUGCUAGGUCUCAGCAACAAAGCCAUCAACGCCCUGACCCCAGAAGAAGAAGCCACCGCCGAACCCUCCGAAGAAGUCCAAAUCACAAAAUCGACACUUGAUCUCUCACAACCGCCUUUUGAAGAUCAUCUCGCUCGCCACUCUCUCUUCCCCGAACUCGAAAAACUUUACGGGCAUGGUUAUGAGAUCUCUUGCGUGGCAGCAAGUAAUGAUGGAAGUCUGAUUGCUACAGCAUGUCGCGCCAGUUCCAUCGAUCACGCAGUAAUCAGACUCUACGAGACCAAAGAGUGGAGAGAGGUUAAACCGGCUUUAACUGCUCAUUCUCUGACAGUCACAUCUCUUGCUUUCUCGGCUGAUGACAAGUAUCUGCUUAGUGUGGGUCGCGAUCGUCAAUGGGCGUUAUUCUCUCGCUCUGCACCCACUACCUACACCCUCGCAACGUCCAAUCCCAAAGGCCACUCCAGAAUGAUCUUAUCCUGUUCGUGGGCACCAGCUUCUGUGUCUAAUAUCUUUGCAACCGGUGGCAGAGAUAAGAAUGUCAAGAUCUGGGCGAUCGAUCAUUCAUCUGCUUCCACAGAAACCGUGUCCGCAGACCUCAAACUCAGUAUUCCUACCUCUGCUCCUGCCACCUCUGUAGCUUUCUACACCGGUACUGCAGCAACAGCAGAAACACUUAUUCUAGCUGCAGGUACUGAAGAUGGCAGUGUGACUAUCUUCUGUAUCAGCACUGGAGACUGGACGAUCAAGCAAGAGGUCAAGAUUGAAAAACACUUGCAGCCUUCUGGUGCCAUUAAUGCUUUGAGAUGGAGACCUCAAGACAAGGCAGAGGGACGAGUAAAGCCGCAGUUGGCUGUUGCGAGCGAGGAUCUUUCGGUCAGGUUAUAUGAACUUGAUGGCUUAGUUGAGGCUUAG